GCCAGCCCCUUACCAACCCAUGGCCUCACCACGCAAAAGAUCCUCGGCGCCCACAGCCCCAAACAGAACAGAUGGAGAUGGGCCUUCGCGGCGGUGAUGAUGGUCGCGGACCUUGUCCCGGACGCUUCUGCUUUAUCAUCCCCUGCCCUAUUCCUUGCAAUUUCUGUAUUUUCCCUUGCCCUUGCUAAGGCGAGGAGUGAAGCAAUGUUCUUGUUUGUGUUUUGCUGUUCUAAGAAGGUGGACUCUUUUAUUUUCAUUUUUGGCCAAAGGGGCACAGUUCUAAGUGGAGAACCGAAAUGUCGAGCAAUAGAGCCGGAAAUUCAGCCCAACAGAUGAUGCUUACUUGCUCGGGGUGAUGCUACGCCGCACAAGGGGCAACUUGUUGAUAAAGGGACCUUGUUAAUACCAAGGUACAUUUCUUCAAAAUUCAGUCGGUUCCUUUCGAUUCAUGCAGCGCGUCUCACCUGUGCGCCAUUGCGCUUUCGGCGAUCUUUUCCCAACGCCAGCAUUUUCAGUCUCUCAAUGAAUUCCUCAUGUGCCAACGACAGGUCCCUGGGU